UCGCCUCCCUAUCUUUCUCUCUCUAAUCUUUCUCUCUCCUCCGAGCUCUGCAACAGCAGCCGAUCGCAUAAUGCUCUUUCUAGCCCUAGCAGAGCAGCCCCGCCAUGUCCGCUCGCUCCCCCUGACUCACUGAGUCGACCCGCCGCCGCCGCCGCCGCCGCCCUUCCCUCCUCCCCCCUCCGCCGCGCCAUGGAUCGCCGCCGCGACGACGACGGCGGCGGCGACGGCCACGGCUCCCGGAACGGGACCUGCCGCCGCGAACCCGGCGAGGGCGAGCGCGACCGCGAGCGCGCCGGCAAGAAGCCGAGGCUCCCCGCCGCCCCCAUCUCCGGCGCCGAGCUCCGCAGCGAGUUCUCCCACCACCAGCGCGGCGUCGCGCGGAUCAACAACGGCAGCUUCGGGAGCUGCCCCGGGUCCGUCCUCGCCGCCCACCGGGACUGGCAGCUCCGGUUCCUCCAGCAGCCCGACGAGUUCUACUUCAACUCGCUCCGCGGCGGGAUACUCCGCUCGCGGGCGCUUGUGAAGGACCUCGUCAAUGCCGACGACGCGGAGGAGGUGUCGCUCGUCGACAACGUCACCACGGCCGCGGCCAUCGUGCUCCAGCAGGUCGGCCGCGGGUUCGCCGAGUCGAGGUUCGAGCCCGGGGACGCGGUCCUGGUGUUCCACUGCGUGUUCCAGGCCGUGAAGAAGUCGAUUCAGGCGUACGUGGCCAGCGCGGGGGGCUCGAUUGUCGAGGUCGAGUUGCCGUUCCCCGUGAGCUCGAACGAGCAGGUCAUUGCAGCGUUUAGGAAGGGGUUAGAGAGAGGGAAAAAGAACGGUAGGAGAGUGAGGUUGGCUAUAAUCGAUCAUAUCACCUCCAUGCCGUCGGUGCUGAUUCCGGUGAAGGAAUUAGUUAAGGUUUGUAGGGAGGAGGGCGUAGAUCAGGUUUUUGUGGAUGCGGCGCACGCGAUUGGUAGCGUCGAGGUCGAUGUGCAGGACAUUGGGGCUGAUUUUUACGUGAGCAAUCUGCAUAAGUGGUUCUUUUGCCCGCCUUCCGUGGCAUUCUUGUAUUGUCGGAAAUCGUCGGGUUUGGUGAGCAACAUGCACCAUCCUGUGGUUACACAUGAAUAUGGGAAUGGAUUGCCGAUAGAGAGCGCGUGGGUUGGCACUAGGGAUUAUAGUUCUCAGCUUGUUGUCCCUGCGGCAUUUGAAUUCGUGGAGAGAUUCGAAGGAGGGAUUCAGGGGAUCAUAAAGAGGAAUCACGAGCAAGUUGUGAAAAUGGGACAAAUGCUGGCAGAAUCUUGGGGGACAAAUCUCGGUUCUCCACCAGAAAUGUGUGCUAGUAUGAUCAUGGUUGGUCUUCCUUCAAAGCUGUGUAUUUUCGGCGGAGAGGAUGCUCUGAGGCUAAGGUCGUAUUUGCGGGUGAAUCAUGGGAUCGAAGUGCCUAUACACUACCAGGCUCCGGCCGAUGGUGUUGAUGGACCUAGGGACAAGGAUGGGAGCAUAACGGGAUAUGCUCGCAUUUCUCAUCAAGUUUACAACACUGAAGACGAUUAUUUCAGGUUCAGGGAUGCAAUAAAUCAACUGGUUGAGAAUAAUGUUACUUGCAAAAUGCUCCCUGUAGAGUGAAAAAGAUCCGUUUCUUGAUUUGCAGUUGACGAGCCUUGUUUGGAGUGAUGCAACUCUUUCACUACUGUGCCAAUGUCCACGGCUUGUUAUGUUUUGGUAGCAUGUGGAUGGCUGGGUGGAAUUGUACACGUGCUCUUCAAAUUUUUGAUGGUUUUCCAAUAAUAACUGCUUUGAGCUGACACUUGUGGAUGAGACAGCCAUAUUGUAUCGACAUAAACAGUGAAUCUUAGAAAUUUGACCAUUAGUUCCAACUCACUAAAUUUCAAUAGUUGUCCUGCCAACAUGGUCCAAUGAUAGCUUCAUAAUUGACUUUUAGUUUGUCUUGGGGAUUGAUGGUCGAAAUCUCUUCCAGUGGAGACUAUUCGUGUAUGGUGAAGCCAUUUGCCUCUUCUAUGUUGGAUAAGCGGUAAUUUCACUUUUGGAUGUGAAGCCUAGAGUGAGAGGUGAUGUGGACAGAUUGAACAAGUCGCCAGAAGUUAAUUUAUCAUGUUUUUGUCAAUGAAUUGACGCUUGGCUUUGAAUGA